CGUCAAUUGAAACGUCAAAGCACCAACCGCAAAUUGGACAGAAAUAAGAGGCACUUUUCACGCAAGCUGAAUAAAAAUUUCUGUAAAAAUGUUCAAAAAAUUUGAUGAAAAAGAAAACAUUUCGGGCACUCAACAAUUGAAAUCGUCCGUACAAAAAGGCAUUCGCACGAAAUUACUUGAACAAUUUCCGCAUAUUGAAACACAUAUCGACCAAAUUCUACCGAAAAAGGAUGCAUUCAAGAUUGUUAAGUGUCAAGAUCAUAUCGAAAUUUUGAUCAACAGUGCUGGCGACCAGUUAUUUUUCCGACAACGUGAUGGACAAUGGAUGCCAACGUUACGACUAUUUCAUAAAUAUCCAUACUUUUUGCCAAUGCUACAAGUCGACAAAGGUGCAAUACGAUUUGUAUUGAGCGGAGCGAAUAUUAUGUGUCCGGGUCUUACAUCGCCGGGCGCAUGUAUGACGCCAGUCGAUAAGCAUACGGUGGUCGCAAUCAUGGCCGAAGACAAAAAACAUGCACUCGCCAUUGGAUAUACGAUACUUUCAACUGAAGACAUAGCAAAAAUAAACAAAGGCGUUGGCGUCGAGAACUGUCAUUACUUGAACGAUGGACUUUGGCAAAUGAAACCAGUCAAGUAAAUUUCAAUACAGGAACACAUAACCAAAAUCCAUUCAGUCAACUGACCUCGAUUUCUAUAUAUGAAUUUGUUUUUUAUUUUAAACAUUUCGCUAAAUAUAUUUAAUUGUGAAACGAA